UUAGGCGAAGGAAAGAUGGCGGAGGCUUCGCCAAGGGACCCGGAAGCACUUACCCUCCACUUCCUCCUCCUGUUUGGCUGCUGUCUCACCUAGAGCUGUCCGGUCGCAGACCGCCUCCGAGACGUUUCCUGUCCGUAAUAGAAUCACCAUGAUUCUCCAGAGGCUCUUCAGGGUCUCCUCUCUCAUGCGGUCCAUGGUCUCAGUGCAUCUGAGGAGGAACAUCGGUGUUACAGCAGUGGCAUUUAAUAAGGAACUUGAUCCUGUACAGAAACUCUUCGUGGAUAAGAUUAGAGAAUACAAAACUAAGCGACAGGCAUCCGGAGGACCUGUUGAUACUGGCCCAGAGUAUCAGCAAGAGCUGGAGAGAGAGCUUUUUAAGCUUAAGCAGAUGUAUGGUAAAGCAGACAUGAAUACUUUCCCUAACUUCAAUUUUGAAGAUCCCAAAUUUGAAGUCAUCGACAAACCCCAGUCCUGAAGAAAUAGUGUAAAAUGUAUUUGGUAAUUUGUCCUAGAUUAGUUGUACAACUGGUCGGAAGUAUCGGGACAAACGUACGUUUCUCAACCGUCAAAUGUGUUCUUUUAAUUCUGAUUCCAAAUAAAUUAUUUGGUGAUGUUGAGUGUA